AUGACAACUCCGCCAUCAUUUUCUUGUUUUUUCUGCUGUCAGCAUCUGCUGCCUUACAGGAAUUCAUUUUCUGGAAAUUUACUUCUUGUUCUGCUAACAUUUUCCUGUUAUAUCUUGUCAGUCAUUUUCUCUCCAUGGUUAUACUGUUUGUGUCACUUUGAAACUCUCCUUGUUUUCUACUUUAAAGGAUUUAAUGCUGCUGUCGGGGGCUGUUUCUUUGCUGUGGAAUCUGUGUUAUGGCCAUCACCUGCAGAGUCCUCCUUGUACUUGACAAAUACGACUUCAAUGGUUAUUCUCAGUGCUGUUAUAGCUUCUGUAGUCUCAGAAAUUGGUCUUGGCUCUGAACCUGCAUUUGCAGUUCCAGGAUAUGAUUUCCGUACACCUACUGGACUGCAGUACGGGACAGACAAUUGGUGGAGGACGUGAAUCAGAAGGCCUUUACUACCUUAACUCACCCAGUCCUUCCACAACAUGUCUGGUUACAGAUCCUCCAGAUCUAAUCCACAGACGUUUA